UGGCGGACAACUUGGAGGUGGUAGACACAAACAGCAGCUGCAAUGAAACCUAAUUUGAUCUGAGUAUGCUAUUUAGAAAAUGGAUUGAAAAAUGGAGAAGUUAUAAAUAUAGAUUUGUACCAUGGAUCGCCUUGAAUUUAAGGAACAGAACAGUCCGAGAGGUGGGUUCCAUAGAUCAAGACAAGACUGUUCCAGAUUCCAAAGUGACUGAGUCCCUUUCAACAUUCCUUCAUGCUCUUCAUAUUGCAGAGACGCAAUCUCCAAAUAACUUGUAUCAGUCAGAAACGAUGUACAACACCUUAGGUUAUGAGAUCAAAAGACUUGAAAGUAAUAUCCCUGGAGCUGGUAAAGGAGUCUUUGUAACCAAGGGUGACAUCCCUGUUGGCAAUCUUGUGGCUUUGUACCCAGGGUCAAUUUAUUGGCCAUAUGAACCCAUCUUGAUUCAGUCAAUCGGAAAUCCUUUUGUCUUCCGUUGUAUUGAUGGGAUCCUUAUUGAUGGCAGUGAUUAAGGACUGUCCAAAGUCAUCUACAGGUCAAGUGCCAAAAGGGAUCAAAUCGGCCCAUAUUUUCCAUGUGAUACCACUUGGCUCACAAGUGAUCCUCAAAAUCCACUGGCUGUGGGACAAUAUGUCAAUAACAGGACAAAGAACAAGCCAGCUAAUGUGGCAUACCAAGAACUGGAUAUCCCUUUGCAAAGUGUUGCACCAAAGCUUUGGAAACAUCUUCCAAAUGUUUGGUACGGUAGUGGUAAUAUUGCCGGUGAAAACUCAUUUCUUAGAAUUGUUGCAUUAGUGUCUGUGUGUAAGAUUUGCGAAGGAGAGGAGGUGCUUUCCUCUUAUUUUACAGUAGUUCAUUGAAAAGGUAACAAGCCGUGUGGCCACCUUCCCAUUUGGCCUUGCAUUAUGCUGCCUUCAAGCUGAGAAGCUUCAGCCCCAAUUGAAGUCUCGUUCCCCAAAAUUCAUAGUGCGGAGGAAAAAAUUAACCUAAAAAAAAUCAUGUCAUUAAAAAAAUACUCCCAUUUCCUGAAAAAUAUGGCUGGUAUUGGUUUUAGUAUUCAUUGAUCUUUUUAUUUUAAACUAUUAAUCAUUCAAUAUUUACAUUAAGUUUGUUUUUGGUUUAAAUGGUGAUUAAAAAGUAAUUUAUAAAGCAUUCACUUUAAAGAAGUAAAUAGUUCCAACUAAUUUUCAUAAUCUCCCAUGUUGAAAACCUUUAGCCAAAUGUGAGACAUCAUGAUAAAGGACAAAAAAAUGUGUAAUAAUAUGUUGAAAUCAUUUUUACCUUUCUAAACUAGAGCCUACGCAUUUCUGGAUUUCUUAGUGACAAAACCAAGCUAUUCUGAGGUAAAAUGAAAAGAUGCAAAACUGGGUUUUUAGGAUAAAGGGGGGAAGUACCCAAAGAAACUGUGGCACUGUGUCGGUGUGUAAUAUUACUAGAUCAUUUAUUUUUUUCAACUGAGUUGAUAAUAGAAAUUGUGCACCUUGAAGAGCCUCUAGAGCUGACGUUAGUCCUACGUUGGAGCGAAUAUACAAAAAGCUAACGCUCGAAACGUCAGUUUAGGAAAAUUCUUACCGUAGGCAAUUUUUCUCCCUUUAAAAGCAAACACAACCCACAAUUCCAAUUUAUAAUUUCAACUCAGUUGAUUAAACCAAAUUAUGUUAGGACACUAAGAAAUAUUUACGGGGAAGGUAAUAAAGCUGUGGGAAAGUAUGUUCGCUGGGGGUAUAGUUCCAUUCAGGUUUCCUUUCAAUUUACUUGCAUCAGUUCGAAUGUUGGUCAGAUCUAUGUUCCUAACCUCGCCUUAAAAUUGUACCCAAAUUUUAUUUAUUUAGGAAAUGAAGCACUUACGGGUUUGUUGCGCUCUUCAACAACACGCAAAAUAUGAAUUUUACAACCAAAGUUGCUAUGUGGUUUUAUAAAAGUUUUCUAUUGAGCGUGAAAAGUAAGCCGGUUUCUAUUGGUUGUUUAAUUGCGCUUGCGUGAUUGGUUUUGGAAAAUCGCGCCACCGUCUCAACCAAUCAGAUAUGAAACCAACGCCAGCCGCUAAUUGGCCUCUCACGUUUUCC